CUUACUACGGGAAGCAGCGGCAGCUAUUAGUAGGUGCGGGCUGUCAAUCAAACCGCCCCGCCCCAACGCCUCUCAGACGGGAAGCACUCUGUUCACAACUUCUACAGCAGCUGUGGAGUGGGAUCUUCGUGGCAUCACGCAGUACCAACGAGCAUCGGACGGCCAUAAUGUGAAGGAAAAGCAGCCAUACACCACUUUAUGAAAGUAGGUGUGCAGGGAAGAAGUCUAGCAGGCUUAAAACGAAUGCGUAAAGUUGUUGUUACGCAGUAGGGACGCGCAAUAAUCUGUGCGUAAAAGUUAAUCAAAGGAGGACAACGAUUAAACUUCUGGUGGAGACGUUCUCUCGGCUGCGAUGGAUGCGUCAGUGAGCCUUUGGGCUGGCACUGUGUCGAACAAUCAUUUCGACCUUUACAGUUGAUUUCCAGAGUUUGGAGAGCGCAUUGUGGCAGCAGAUGCUGGAAAGUGACUAAGCCUUACGGUUGGAAAGCUCAUGAAUUGAAUCUGUCUGGACUACAUACUUUGUCUAAGAAGUAGGACAAGCGCAACGCCACUCAACUAUCAUUAUAUCAUGAGAAAAGACGCUUUGCCGUCCAGCAUCUUGUUGUUAUGAUAGACAUCAGCUCCAGCCCUGAAAGGUCAGUUCUUCACAAAGUUGCAGCUACCUGAUGCCACUACUGCAGCAGGAGUCAGGGAAACGUUUUGUCGUUUACAUCCUUCUGUCUACCUCUUCUCAACAUGGACGAGAGUGUUGAGUCUGCAGCGUCCGACAGCUGCUCGGACGGGGAGAGCAUCAACCUCAGCGUGCUCAACUGGGAGCAAGUGCAGAGGCUGGAUACCAUCCUAACCGGCUCCAUCCCCAUCCAUGGCCGGUGGAGUUUCCCCACUCUGGAGGUGAAGCCACGGGAUAUCGUCAAGGUGGUCCGGAGCCGCAUGGAGGAGAAGCGGAUACAUGUCCGGGAGGUGCGACUGAACGGCUCCGCGGCCAGCUACGUCUUACACGAGGACAGUGGUCUGGGAUGGAAAGACCUGGACUUAAUAUUCUGCGCGGAGCUGAAAGGAGAGAUGGAGUUUCAGACAGUUAAAGAUAUAGUGCUGGACUCUCUUCUAGACUUCUUGCCCGAGGGAGUGAAUAAGGAAAAGAUCACGCCAGUGACCUUAAAGGAGGCCUAUGUGCAAAAGAUGGUGAAAGUCUGCAAUGACUCAGACCGCUGGAGUCUCAUCUCCCUCUCCAACAACCGUGGCAAGAACGUGGAGCUCAAGUUUGUGGACUCUCUUCGACGGCAGUUUGAGUUCAGCGUGGACUCCUUCCAGAUUCGUUUGGACUCCCUUCUCCUCUUCUACGAGUGCUCGGAGCACCCCAUGGCUGCCACUUUCCACCCCACAAUCCUCGGGGAGAGCGUCUACGGCGACUUCCCCACCGCCCUCGAUCACCUGCGCAAACGCCUCAUCUGCACCCGGAGGCCUGAGGAGAUUCGAGGCGGGGGUCUGCUGAAGUACUGCCACCUGCUGGUGCGGGGUUUCCGCGCAGCCUCUGAAACAGAGAUGAAGCUGCUGCAGCGCUACAUGUGCUCACGCUUCUUCAUAGAUUUUCCUGAUGUGAACGAGCAAAGGAGAAAGCUGGAGUCCUAUCUGCAGAACCACUUUGUAGACCUGGAGGACAGGAAGUAUGACUAUCUGGCCACACUGUACGAAGUGGUGCAAGAAAGCACGGUGUGCCUGAUGAGCCAUGAGAGGCGUCAGACACUCAGUCUCAUCUCUUCGCUGGCGUUGCGGGUCCUGGCCGAGCAGAACGCAAUUCCCAACGCCGCCAACGUUACCUGCUUCUAUCAGCCGGCUCCGUAUGUCUCAGACGGCAACUUCAGCAACUAUUACGUAGCGCAGGUUCAGCCCAUCUACCCCCGUCAUCCCUCGCCUCCCCAGCAGUACAUUCCUCCUCAUCAUCACCAUCCCAUGUAUGCCACCUGGUUGCCCUGUAACUAAACUUUGUGUACGUUCAUGCACUUUUGUGUAUCAGGCAGAACAUCCUUGAAUGGGGAUGAAUGAUGAUCUUUUUGUCUCUUCCUUUGAAAAGGGAAUUAAGGGAAAUGAGAGAAGGAAGAACAUGAGACAAAAUUAGAUAAAAGGAGAGAAUAAAAGAAGGAGGGGAAAUGAGGACAUGAAACCUGGAUCAAGGCAGUGGGCCAGAGAAAGGCUUUUCCCCGGGGUAGGGUGUGAUAGCGGGAGCAGCUGAGCACACAGGGAGAGAUGCCAAUGAGAGAGGCUGACACAUCAGUGUUAGGGUUCUCUCAUCAGCACUAAGGUUGAUUUGGUAGACCCUCGGAGUGACCAACAGCCUGGAUACAAGGAUUCUUUUCUUCUCUGUUUGUGAGUUACGGAACUUACUUUUGAAACAAUGAACAUGUAUAAUAUCCACAUCCUCUUCACAUUAAAAACCAAACUCCCAUGCAGCCACAGAGAGCAAGGGAGGACACGCAUGGAAUGCUGAUAUGCAUUCAUGGUCAAACAACGGAGACCUUGUGACUAUGUUCAUGUGCACUGUGUUUGUAUGAGACUCAUUUUUUCACAGACAAUGCAAAAUGAGGAACUGGAGACUGUUUACAAAUCCAAAGAUCUAGUUUGAUACUGAACUUCAUCUGAAUUCUUAGACAAAACAACGAAACAAUGCAUGCUUUAUUUCUGUACAGGAAUAAUUGUCUUAAAGUGCCUAGAUAAAGCCUAAAGGGAAAAGAGUUUUUGUGACUCUUUAUCUUAGAGAACUGUUGUAAUUGAUUUUCAAGGUGAUAAUGAAUGUACUGUGGGACGGAGCGUUUACCUAUGCUGAGUAAGGUCUCUUACACUGAGGGAGUUCUUGUUCCAACAGAUUUUCUUUACAACAAUGUUUAGUUAAAGACUCUGCUCUUAUCUGCAGUCCUGCUCGACUAACGCACAUCCUGAUUACCAAAGAGGAAGUAGCAACAUAAUCUCAUCAAUCUGUAGAGGGAGGGGGAGGGGGCGGUUUGAUCGAAAAUGAUUAUAAGAACCAAAUAGAUUUUUAGAGAAAUGCACAGAGAAAGAAAGUGUUUUGGCAGCAAGAGAGCAAGCAUUUUUUUAUUGGAUUGCAAAAAUAAGGUGGUCCAAUGCACAGCCUAAAAACCAAAAACAAUUUAUCACAGACAUAAGGAGAUAAUGUAACCAUCUCUGGGGGAUGCAAUGCAACAUAAAGAAGUGUAUUUGGAUAUGGCAACGUUUUAUCUCAUAACGCAUUUAAAAUUGCAAUUUCAUCACAUGUGGUCCCAUAUCAAAAUGCAUUUAAGAAUUGAGAUAUUACACUCAAUCUUACGUAAAGGUGCCCUGUGGAGUGUCAAUGUAAAAAAGAAGAAGUUAUGUUUACAUUUAGUCUCACCAAAAGGCAUUGUGUGUAGGAUUAGUGGGAUGGGUGUGCUUUCUUUUUUCUAACACAUUUGCAGAGUUUAUACUUUUGGUAUAUUUAAUCUAAAUGUUGGGUCCCUUUAAAUUAUUAAGGAGUAUACAUGCUCUGUAUGAAUAGUGUGCUAAGAGAACGUCUGUUAUGAUUUGACACUAAAAUGGAAUUGAAUUGCCUUUAAAAAAGCAGGAUCAGUAAUUGAAGGCAGGAUAUAAGACGCAUGGUUACAUGUGUCCAUUGGGUUGCAGUGCACCGUAAAUACAAAAAAGGUGCCCACUGGUAAAAAACAUUGCUCCAUGGCGCUACGGGGGGUCAUCAAUUCUACAGGGCACCUCUAAGCUUCAAAUAUGUACUAAACGUUCAAAAAAAGGGCCAAUGUGUUUGAAAUGCAUUCUGGAACAGGGACAACCAGUUUUCUUAAAUUACACUGGAACGUUUAUUUUGAUAUUUUCUUCUUCUUAUGAUUUUUUUUACAUCAUUUGUACACAGUUUGAAAUUUAUCUUUGACAUGCUGUAAGCACUGUAAGAGUGAAAGAAAGGAGAUGUCUGAAAACAUCUGCCCGGCUCCAAAAACGGUAUGUUUGUCAGCGGGGUGGAGGAUGGAUUGUGUGUGCAGAGAUUACACAGCAGAGCAAGUCUUGAAUGAAGAGGAGUAACAGCGUACUACUGGCAGAGUCAGAGGCCCAGCAAAAGAGAAUAUCUUCAGAACAAGUGCUGCAUGAAGUCUGAAAAAAUUUAAAUAUGAUGUAAGCUCAGUGAAUAUUGGCCAAUGUAUAUUCAUCUUCUCAUCUUCUUUAUGGAAAAGAGUCCAAGUUUAGGAUGUGUAGAAAUUUGGACUGUAUAAGCAGGUAACAGCGAGCUGUCAAAAUGUUAUCUCUCCUUAGCAUGGAAAAGCACCAAACCAACCAAAAACCAUCAAAUGGAUAUUUGAAGGGCAAUAAGACAAGUAGGCUUUUGUGAUUAUUGUAAAAAAAAAAGGUGUACAUUUCUAUCUUUACAAGUGCAAGAGACUCAGCGUAAUCAAACAUGUCAGAUCUAUUUUUCUAUUGAUCUCUAUUUUUGUACAGUUUGGCUGAUGUAGCAGGGAGAUUCAAAGCUGUGUGAAUUUGUGUUUUGGCUGAUGAAGAGCAGUGCAGGUGGACAGGCGGCUAUGCUGAGAUGCCGAUUAAGCUUGUGUUAAUUGUGUGUGUGCUCUGAGCUUUUUCAUUUGGGUUUUUGUUGCUCUAAAGAGAUUGUUUCACUGUUCUACGUGUUUUUAACUGCUGUCCUGUUAGGACAUGAGAAUAAUGAUGUGUCCAAGUUGACAAACUUGAGAAUUAAAAGCAAGAAAAAAACAACCACCU